AUGUGUAGGACGAUAACGAAGACAAUUCAAACGAUGGGACCCAGCCAUCCAAAAGGAGGCGGAUGGGCUCAGGAGACAGCUCCAGGAGCUGUGACACUUCGAGUCAAGACCUCGGCUUCAGCUACUAUCCAGCGGAAAAUCUGAUCGAGUACAAGUGGCCGCCCGACGAAGCGGGAGAGUACUACAUGCUCCAGGAGCAAGUCAGCGAAUACCUGGGCGUGACCUCCUUCAAGCGGAAGUACCCAGAUUUAGAGCGACGAGAUUUGUCUCAUAAGGAGAAACUCUACCUGAGAGAGCUAAAUGUCAUCACAGAAACUCAGUGCACUUUAGGUUUAACAGCAUUGCGCAGUGAUGAAGUCAUUGAUUUAAUGAUAAAAGAAUAUCCAGCCAAACAUGCUGAAUAUUCUGUCAUUCUGCAAGAAAAAGAGCGUCAGCGCAUCACAGACCACUAUAAAGAGUAUUCGCAAAUGCAACAGCAGAAUACUCAGAAAGUUGAAGCCAGCAAAGUGCCUGAGUACAUUAAGAAAGCGGCCAAAAAAGCAGCUGAAUUUAACAGCAACCUGAACCGGGAGCGUCUGGAGGAGAGAAGAGCUUACUUUGACCUGCAGACACAUGUUAUUCAGGUGCCUCAGGGCAAAUACAAAGUGUUGCCCACAGAGCGGACCAAGGUCAGUUCCUACCCGGUGGCUCUCAUCCCAGGGCAGUUCCAGGAGUAUUACAAAAGGUACUCACCAGAUGAACUGCGGUAUUUGCCGUUAAACACGGCGCUUUACGAGCCCCCGCUGGACCCCGAGCUCCCUGCUCUAGACAGUGACGGUGACUCCGACGAGGCGGAAGACAGUCGGGGUGAUGAGAAACGGAGAAGUAAAGGCACUUCGGACAGCUCCUCCGGCAACGCAUCCGAGGGAGAAGGCCUUCCAGACGGCCAGGAGGAGCCUCUGCCGGGAAGACAGCGGUCCAGGGACAAGGCCACUACUCCAAGAAAAGACGCUUCCAAGCGUUCUGUACUGUCCAAGUCAGUUCCUGGGUACAAGGUUCACGGUGAACAUCGUGUCAUUCUUGUCCAGGCUGUGAUGUCCGAGUGUUCCCCAACCCCCGAGUCUCAGCCAAAGGUCAUUCCAAAUGCUCUAUGUGGAAUUUGUCUGAAGGGUAAGGAGUCCAACAAGAAAGGGAAGGCUGAGUCACUGAUACACUGCUCCCAGUGUGAUAACAGCGGCCACCCUUCUUGCCUGGACAUGACCCUGGAGCUUGUUUCUAUGAUUAAGACCUACCCAUGGCAGUGUAUGGAGUGUAAGACUUGCAUUAUUUGUGGACAGCCCCACCACGAAGAAGAAAUGAUGUUCUGUGAUGUGUGUGACAGAGGUUAUCAUACUUUUUGUGUGGGCCUUGGUGCUAUUCCAUCAGGUCGCUGGAUUUGUGACUGUUGUCAGCGAGCUCCCCCAACACCCAGGAAGGUGGGCAGAAGGGGGAAAAACAGCAAAGAGGGAUAGUAAUUUGACCCAGUACUGUAAUACGCACUUAAAUGAGAUAUUUGGUGCCAAUUUAUUUACAAUUCUCAUUUUUAUGCCAAUAAAAGUUUUUUGAAAUUAAC